CUGUGUCUUUCAAUUUCUUGCAAUUUCUUCGUGGUGUCUUGUGUAGUGUGUAACUUGGGUUUGACUAUAAAUGGUGGAGAACAUGAACCAUUUAUUAUCAGUCAUCCAUCAGCCUUCAUCAAAGAAUCGCUUAGUCUACAAAACAGUAACCACUCAUCAUCAUGUUCAAAAUCAUUGUGUUCUCGUGUGUCAUUGCUGCUGUCGUUGCUGUUGCUAAGCCUGGAAUUCUAUCUUCUUCACUAGGUGUUGGAGUCGUUUCGUCACCAACGGUUAUCUCAGUUCCAACAGCGAAUAUCGUUAGGACUGUUCCAGUGGCCCUAGGCACUACCAUUACAGCACCUUCAAGCCAAAUAAUUUCCAGUGGAUUGGUUUCUGGAGGAAUCGUUUCCAGUGGUCUCGUAUCAGGUGGUUUGAUCAAUGGCGGCUUACUAUCAUCGGGAAAAUUAUUGUCAGGAGGUUUGAUUUCUGGAAAAUUGAUUUAAGGACAAUUUAAAAAAUAAAGCGAAAUAUU